CAAAUUUCUCUCGUGAUGUCGGUGGCGGCACACCUGCCCGCCUCUAUUCAUGCCAAAUAAUUAAACCUCGUUGUUGCCUUUAUCAUCGGUUAUCAUGCUGUUAUCAGUGAUCUGCCAUAUUUGUGUUUUGGUUGGAAAUGAUACAUUUUUAGGUGCGACCCAGUUAAGUAAUUAAUUGUUAAUUAGUAGCCGUGUAUGCCAUUAAUUCAGCGACGCGGAAAUUUGCAGUUUUUAUCCAGGGAAAUUGGGAACGACGUCCGGGAAUUUGCGGGAGUUUUAUGCCAGGAUCAAAAUGGGAACAGUCGGUUCUAAAUCGCCCCUAGAAAGACGAAACACGGUGGCGAGAAGGUCACAAAGACGCACCCUGCACAAUUUAAAGCCGAAAGUGGAAACCUUACAUAAGAAUAUUAAAAAAUUCAAAGGAACGAGCGAGGAUGUCAAUUAUGUGGCCCUACAGAACGAAAUUGAAUAUUUCAAAAACGACUUGGUAAGGCGCGCCAAAGAUCUACAACCCCAAGUGAGAAACUUAUAUGAGAACGUUUAUAAAAGAACAUGCGAAGCUGAAGAAGCUUUAAAGAACAAAUUGGCCGAAAACAAAGAGAAACAAGAGAAAAAAGAUUCCAAACAAAAGGACGAUGGUGCCACUAGUAUCGUAAGCAAUUCUGAAGUACUUUCAGACGUUAAUAAUGAGAUUGACACUGUUGUGGAUGUACAUACUGAAGGAAACCAAGAAGCACAAGAAGAAGAACCACCAGCAGAAAAUAAUCAUUUUAAGAAAGUUGUUGAGCUGAAUAUUAUUAAAUUCGCAUCAGAAGAAGAUGUAUCCAAAUCCCCCAAAGAAGUCCGAGUCAUAUCACCGAUGGAAAAACGCAAGUCCAUCCUUAAAGUAGGAGUCCCAGUGAUGCCAAACGUUAUAAUGAAUGAGCUGGCAGCUCAAACAAAUCGAAUUGCUCACCAACAAAUAGCACCUCAGCAAAAAACCCUUCAAGACGUCCUGGAUCGAAUCAAUGUCAUUGUCGAAUGUCUGCGUCAAAUCGAACUCGAAAUUAACGAGUUUAUCGGCAAAAAAGGCGGCAAACAAUAUAAUAAAAUCAAAGAUGGUUUGAAUAAAUAUCUCGCGGAAGUAACUGGAUUAAGUCCCGUAGAUGAUUACGUUAUUGAUCAGAUAAACGUUUGUAAAAAUUACAUUUCUAGCUGUUUAAGCUUUUUGGAGGAACGUGCCACUGGUGACGUGAGGCCCGAGAGUUUCACGAGUGACGACGAGGUGUUUCAUAACAAUCACGAGCCAGCGAUGGUGAGGGUGGAGGAAAACUUUCGCAUGCAAAGGCUACUGAAAAAUACGGCCGUGUAGUUCGGCUUCCAUUAAAAAUUGCAUUUUUUUAAAUUCUUUGCCAGUUUUCAUAAUACCUUUCAAAAAAUGUAAAUAUACGUUUGCAGUAAGA